UACAGAACGGAAGCGAUAACAGUAGGCAUCAACAUGUAUAACCAGGCGUGUGUUGUUAUUAAAUAUUUUGCUAUAUUGUUGUGUUCUAUAUCAGGGGUUAAGACGAAAGGAAGCGAUUCAACGGUAGACAUUAUUCUGACGUACGUCCGUAUCCCACCAGUGCGCACUUACUAUGUUUGUCAACAGUUUGAGAUUUCAGAUGACCUGACAUUGCACGUGACCAGGUUUGAGCCAAUCAUUAAUAGUUCUGCUAUUCACCAUAUGCUACUGUUUGGAUGCGAAUUUGACAUGGAGACGAGGUCUCCUCAUCCGUGCAUUGGUCUUGAUUACCGAUGUCGCUCCUGGAUGGUUAAGUGGGACGUGGGCAUGGAGGGAGUUAUUGACAUGCCCGAUGUGGCGGGUGUCCGCAUUGGCAAGGGUUCCUUUAAGUAUCUGCUCCUCCAAAUACACUGGAAUAACCCUCAGCUACGGGGAGACCUUACAGACCAGUCUGGUUUCCGACUUCAUGUUACAACGAGACUGCGACCGUACGACGUGGGCAACGUGCAGAUAGGUCAGAACAAGAUCAACAUCCCUGGUAUGACCUCAAGCACGGCGGUCUCGGGUACGUGUCCGGGGUUAUGCACUCAACUGAUGCUUCCGGCUCCAAUACAUCUGACAGAGGUGUAUCUACACAUGCAUGGGCUAGGGGUCAAGGCCGCAAUCGACAUAAUAAAAGACCGCGAGGUUUGGACGCGAUUGGCUGAAGAGCGUGACUAUGACUACCAGAGGCCCACAUGGCACCAUCUUCGGCCGGCCGCCAUAUUUGAACCAGGCAAUAGUCUCCGAUUGACGUGCUGGUAUGACAGUAAUGCUGGACCUCGUGUCAGACAAAACGCCACAUACUUUGGCCAAGGGUCUCAGGCAGAGAUGUGCUAUGCCUUUAUUCGCUACUACCCGCGUGUAAUGGGCUUUGACCAGUGUAUCCAGAAUGGAACCAUCAACCUGAAUUGUUAACCCAUUUAAGCCUUGUGGACUCUCCUAUCCUUCUUAAUUGGAUCAAUUUAUUAAUUUAUUAAUAUUAAUUUUUCUAUUUAGAAUAUUUUUUACAGAAAUUCCUUUAAGCAAACAGAGCAGACCCAGUUGAGACGCCGCAUCAUGCGGCGUCUCAUCUGGGUCAACGCUGUUUGCCAAUGCCUUUUUUUCUAAACGCUAGGCAUAAAUGGGUUAAUUUGUGUUACAACACAUUUAAUAUAACACUUAUUAAAGUUUAAACCUUUGCUUAAUAAGUAAAUAUAUUAAAUGAAAGACAUACGUGGCUGGACUUUUUGUUCGCAUAAAUUAAAUGCAUACUUUCCGAUAUUAGUGGUGUAAGACAUUCCACUUAAAAUUGUAAUUGUGUGUAUUGCACAUGCUGUUUAUUAUAAUCCCAAAUUUGGUUAAUGUCAUCUUAAGUUAAUAUUCUUUUUUACUUUUUUAUGAUUAAAAUGUUCAGUAGUACAUAUUUGGUUAAACACAUUUAUUGUAUUACUUUCAAAUUGUUAUUUUGCAUUUAAACUGGGUAAACGGUGAUUCUGAAUUCAGAAGAGACGAGUUUAACACAAGUACUAAACAAGUUCCAAAGCAAUGAAAUAACUUUUGGUGUUUUGCAACUUAUAAUAUAGUGCUAAGGGUGAUUUCAAUUCAAUUAUAUUCAUUUUUCAAAACCACCCGCUAGACAAUACUACAUACCAAUCAUGGCAUCAGUUAAACCUUUCAACCAGUGUGCAUAAUCCGAAUAUCUCUAUAAUGUCAAUUGAAGAUCGUGCUAUUACGCGAUAUUAAACCGUUCACAAACAAAGCAUACACAUUAUAUCGUAUUCAAGAAAGAAAGUGAUGCAUUCAUCUUUCAGAUUUAUUGCUAGUUUUGGAUGAUCGCGAUAUCAACGCAAUAACGGAGUAUGUAUCUAGGGUAAAUAGAAACUUCCAUACACAACAGCUUAUGCAUUUAUUGAAACAAAUGUCUUUCAGUGAGAUAAAUGUUCUUGACUGUUAGUAGAAUAGAUUUCAUUUUUUAAUAUAUUGAAUUGUUUUAUGGGGUCACGUGCUUUAUUUUUGUAAUAGCUUUCUGUUAGCACUAUAUAUUCGGCUUAUUUAUGACAAUAUUUACCUAUUGACUUUUUUAAUGUUAAACCAUGUGUAUUAUGAUGCUUCAACAUCAACGCGAUAUUUUUCAGUUUAUCCCCGUUGACAUUGUAUAUUUUUAUAAAACUUAACUUGAUAAUACACUAUGCGACGUAAACACUAAUUCGUUAGUUUUUUUCAUGUAACACAAGAUGGUUUGCACGUAAAUUGUCAAUUGUAUUUCAUAAAUAUACAAUUUAAAAGUGUAAGUAGUAACUAACAGAAACGCAUGCAAUAUACGUUGUGAAAACAGAGAUAUAACCUAAACUUCACCGGAUUUUCAUUUGCUAAGUCUUCUAGAAUUGUGACAUGGCAUGACAUGUUGAUGCCAUUCGCGCUAUUUCAAUACGUUAUAUGCAAUUCGCUUUAAAAUUCUUCAAAAUGCGACACCAUGUAUUUUUAAUAAAGUCUUUUUGAUAGACGAAUCCGUUUAAAUAGCUCUACACAUUUGCUUUCGGGUUUAUUCCUUCACAGCCGCCGGAGGCUCCUGAAAAUGUAUGUAGGAUUUCUCCUCGUUCCCCGCAAUCGUCAUCUACGAACAGUUUCAGUUCAAAUCCGUAAAACUGACCAUUCGUAACCGACGUUCCAUUAUCGCUCGUUCCAACCUUCAAAUCACAAAAUGUCAUGGUCAUGCCAUUAACGCUAACUCGUGGUUCCGUCAAGUAACACCUGUGUACAUUCGGUCCGUUCACUCGCUGCCUUACGGAGUAAAUCAUUCUCUGUCUCAAUGUGAUGUCAGUUCCUAAAGGAACGAGUUCGUGCUUCAAACCAGCACUAUAGGCUAGUUUAAGUUUCUGUUUGUGCACAAUAGAGGUGCCUUCGAGUAUCUCUAAAACUCCCUCCACAGCCCCCUCGAUCUCUGGAAGAAACAUAUCAAUAGCACUCAAGACGCAGUCCUCUGAUACCAUGAAACUCAAACCAUCUUGUCCUCCGUUAUACGCCCACGGGGAUGCUAUUGUUUUACACCUGUAGAACAUGCAUUUCUU